AAGACUUCAAAUACGUUUUGUAAACGAAAGAUAGAACGAUGAAAACAAACAAGACGCUUUUGGUCUUCUUCAUCUCCAUCUUUAUCUUGGUGGAACUUAGCAGAGGACAGAACAAUAGGAGAACCGAAGUCAAUGUGGGUGUUGUAACAGAUGUCGGGACAAUGCAGUCGGACAUUGAAAUGCGCUGCAUCAAUUUGUCUCUCGCCGAUUUCUACUAUUCUCGUCCCCAAUUUCAGACAAGGCUUGUUCCAAAUAUUGCGGACUCCAGAAACGACGUUGUUGGUGCAGCCGCCGCAGCUCUUAAGCUGAUAAAGAACACGCAAGUUAUGGCGAUUUUGGGGCCGCAGACGUCUAUGCAAGCUCAUUUUAUGAUUGAUAUUGGGCAAAAAUCGCAGGUGCCAAUUGUUUCCUACUCAGCAACAAGCCCCUUUCUCACUUCUCUUCGCAGUCCAUACUUCUUCCGAGCUACAUAUGAGGACUCAUUUCAAGUAAAGGCCAUAAGUUCUAUCAUCAAGCUGUUCGGGUGGAGAGAGGUUGUCAUUGUUUACGUCGACAACACGUUUGGUGAAGGUAUAAUGCCACAUCUUACUGAUGCUUUACAAGAGAUCAACGUUCGAAUACCCUACCGUUCUGUAAUAUCUCUCAAUGCCACUGAUCAUGAAAUCUCUUUGGAGCUUUCUAAGAUGAUGACCAUGCCCACAAGAGUGUUUAUUGUCCACUUGUCCACUUCUCUUGCCUCAAGGAUCUUUACCAAAAUUAAUGAGAUCGGUUUAAUGAAAGCAGGAUAUGUCUGGAUUCUUACCAAUGGAAUUGCUGAUCAAUUAAGUUCAAUAAAUGAGACGGGUAUUGAGGCUAUGCAGGGGGUUUUGGGUGUUAAAACUUUUGUUCGGAAAUCUAAAGAGCUGGGAAAGUUUAGAGCUCGUUGGAGGAAGAUGUUUCCUGAGAUGGAGCUGAAUGCUUUUGGAUUAUGGACUUAUGAUGCUAUCACCGCGCUGGCUAUAGCCAUUGAAGAAGCUGGAACGAAUAACAUGACUUUUAGUAAUGUAGAUCUUGGAAGGAAUGUUUCUGAACUUGAAGCUCUUGGUUUAUCUCAAUACGGUCCAAAGCUUAUUCAGACACUCUCACAAGUUCAGUUCAAAGGACUUGCUGGAGAUUUUCGCUUUUUUAAGGGGCAGCUGCAACCAUCAGUGUUUGAGAUUGUAAAUGUAAUUGGAAACAAAGAAAGGUCUCUAGGAUUUUGGACGGAAGAAAAUGGUCUUGUGAAGAAACUAGACCAAGAACAGCGUAGCGUGGGAGCUUUAUCCACUUGGAAAGAUCAUCUUAAACAUAUUAUAUGGCCUGGAGAGGCUAAUUCUGUUCCCAAAGGAUGGGAGAUCCCAACAAACGGGAAGAGGUUACGCAUUGGAGUUCCAAAGAGAACUGGUUACACCGAUCUUGUAGAGGUCAGAAGGGAUCCUAUCACAAAUUCACAAGUAGUCAAAGGUUUUUGCAUAGAUUUUUUUAAGGCCGUGACCGAAGCAAUGCCUUACGACGUCUCCUACGAUUUCUUUCCUUUCGAGAAAUCUGAUGGCACACCAGCUGGAAAUCACAACGACUUGGUCUAUCAAGUAUAUCUCGGGAAAUAUGAUGCGGUUGUAGGAGAUACAACUAUACUUGCAAAUAGGUCUUCUUAUGUGGACUUCACGUUUCCCUACACUAAAUCAGGAGUGGGGUUGAUUGUCCCUGUAGAAGACCAAGUGAAAAGAGACAGUAUCAGUUUCUUGAAGCCUUUAACGUGGAAACUGUGGAUGACUUCUUUUUUCUUCUUCUUCCUUAUUGGCUUUACUGUUUGGUUUGUUGAACAUAGAAUUAACCCGGACUUUCGCGGACCAGCUAAGUACCAAGCUAGUACAAUCUUCUGGUUUGCAUUCUCUACCAUGGUUUUUGCUCCAAGAGAAAGAGUGUUGAGCUUUGGAGCUAGGCUUCUGGUUAUCACAUGGUACUUCAUUGUGCUCGUGUUGACUCAAAGUUACACGGCCAGCUUGGCGUCCCUUUUGACAACACGACAACUUGAUCCAACCAUAACAAGCAUGAGAAGUUUGAUUGAGAAAGGAGCAAAGGUGGGAUAUACAAGGACUUCUUUCAUCUUCGGAAAACUCACAGAAGCAGGUUUCGCUGGAUCUAGCCUCAUACCCUUUGACACCGCAGAAGACUGCGAUGAACUUAUGAGAAAAGGACCAGAAAAUGGCGGUGUCUCCGCAGCUUUCAUGGAAGUACCCUAUACGAGGCUCUUUCUUGGACAAUACUGCAAAGCUUAUCAAGUGGUUGAAGAACCCUUCAGCGUUGAUGGAUUUGGCUUUGUAAGUCUGUCUCCCAUUACAACUUCCGUGGGACUUUCUAAACUAAAUGCUCCCAUUUUUUGAAGGUUUUUCCAAUUGGAUCACCUCUGGUUGCUGAUGUAUCAAGGGCCAUCCUGAAAGUGGCAGAGUCAACCAAAGGGAGGG